GGGAGAGAGAGAAGCGAACGGGCGCUUCGUCAAGCGCCGGGCUGCGGCACAAGAUACGAGAGCUUUGCGCCCGCUUGCAGCCCGUGGCGAACGCUAGAGCCGGCGCUCUCGAUCCCCUGCGCCUCUCCCGCCUCCCGCGCUUCUCCUUCCUCCUUCGCGCGCGAAAAUCAGCCCGUGUUGUCGCCCCAAAUAGCUUCCUCGCGCCAAAUCAAGCCUUCCAAAUUUCCCCAAAUCGCCACCUCUCCCGAACCCUAGAACUGUCGCCGGCGCACAUCAAGGAGAUGGGUCAGCAGUCCAAAUGGACGCGCGCGCCGGCACCUCAUGAAGCCCCUCCACCAGCGCCUCUGCUCACCUCGCCGCCAGCGCAUCUCCUGGUCCCGCCGCCGGCGCAUCUACUGGUCUCGCCGGCGCCUAAGUCCGCCCCGCUGCCGGGGAUCCCAUCGGCCUUCCCUUCAAAGCAGAGAACAAGCACUUGGAUCCCCCCAAGACCACAAGAGUCUCCGGCGGCUAGUCUGCAGCAACCAAGUGAAUCGGGUCCUAUGGCUCAAGGUCCUUGCUGGGCACCGCCUGCCUGCAUCGAUGACUCUACAUCACCUUGGUACAUGGCUGGCAAUAUUGACUACUCUGAUCCACAAGUAUGGGGAGUGGAUUCUCACCCAUCUGGUGGUUACCUUAGUUACUUUCAGAACACGGCAGGCCCCACACAACCUAUGCACAAUGGGAGUUCACCGCAACCAGUCAAUGUUGGCGAUGACACAAAUGGUGGUGAUUGUGGAAGGACUGAAAAACGCUUGCUAUGGACAAAACAAGAAGAUCUUCGAUUGGUCAGUGCUUGGUUGAAUAAUUCCAAUGACCCAAUCCAAUCAAACUACAAGAAGAAUGAACAAUAUUGGAAAGAUGUUACUGCUGUCUACAACAGUACCACCCCAAAAAACAGGGAACGACUAGUCAAGCAAGUGAAAGAUCGCUUUGGGAGAAUUAAGAAAAGGGUUGCAUGGUUUUGUGCGAGCUAUAAGGAGGCUAGUGCUUUGUAUGCUAGUGGUGACUCUGAUGCAGAUUUAAAGAAGAGGGCAAUGCAAACUUAUGAGGAAGAUCACAAAAAAGAUGGUCCAUUUAUGUUUGAGCAUUGCUGGGAGAUUCUUAAAAAGGAACCAAAAUGGGACGCAUAUUUGGAACGCCUAGAAGAUCUGGAGCCGGACAAGAGGAAGUUUAGUGUUGAUGAUGAAGUAGGGAAGCAUUCCACUAUAGAUGAUGAUGAUGAAGAUGAACGUCCAUCGGGUGGCAAGCAAGCUAAGGAGAAGCAGAAACGAAAAAGAAAGGAUGAAGUUUGUAUAAUAGGUGAGUGGUCUCCCUAUUUCACUUAUAGGGCGGAUUGUUCUGGUAGAAUAGGGCUCUCGCCAUUGCAAAAGUGUACAGCAGCCAUGCGCAUGCUAGCCUAUGGCACCCCUGCAGACGCACUUGAUGAGUACUUGAAGAUUGGGAAGUGCACUGCAUUAGAGUGUUUGGACAAGUUUGCAAAGGGGGUGAUUGAGGUUUUUGGUGGGGAGUACUUGCGACGCCCCACACGGGAGGAUGUUGAGCGUCUUCUUCAGGUUAACGAGUCUCGAGGUUUCCCUGGAAUGCUAGGAAGUAUUGAUUGCAUGCAUUGGCGAUGGGAGAAGUGUCCUCUUGCAUGGAGGGGGCAAUUCACCCGCGGCGAUUAUGGAGUACCAAUGAUGAUCCUAGAAGCCGUUGCUUCCCAGGACCUUCGUAUUUGGCAUGCUUUUUUUGGAGUUGCUGGGUCAAAUAAUGAUCUAAAUGUGCUCAAUCAAUCCCCACUGUUUUUUGAUGCACUGAAAGGAGAAGCCCCUCAAGUCCAAUUUUCUGUCAAUGGGAAUGAGUAUACCACAGGUUACUACCUUGCUGAUGGUAUAUACCCAGAAUGGGCUGCCUUCAUGAAGACUAUACCACUUCCCCAAAUAGAUAAGCACAAGUUGUUUGCCAAGAAGCAAGAAGGGGCAAGGAAAGAUGUCGAGCGCGCUUUUGGGGUAUUACAGUCCCGUUUUACCAUUGUCCGUCGGCCUGCACGUCUAUGGAAGAGAAAGAGUGUUGGAAGGAUCAUGAGGGCUUGUGUGAUUCUCCACAAUAUGAUAAUCGAAGAUGAGAGAGAGCAGGCAAAAAUUCAUGUUGACUUGAAUGAGAUUCCGGGGGCUUCAUUUGCUCUACCUCCCGAAGUGAAUGUUGGUGGUAAUCUAUGUUUCGCAGAUGUGUUGCAUAGAAAAGCUACUAUUCGUGCUCGUCCACAGCAUGCCCAACUUAAAAGUGAUUUAGUCGAGCAUAUCUGGCAUAAGUUUCAAAACAGCCAUCAUAAUUAAUCAUGGAGUGAGCUGUGAUGUGGUGAUUGCGGCAGCUGUUACUUAUAGUGGUUGAAGGUUAUUGAUGCAAAUGAGUGGUUGCUCCUUUCCAGCGAAGUACCCUCCAUGCUUUGCGACUUUUGUCAUCGUCCAGAUUAAAACUAUGAUUGUUGCUUGUGGUCGUGAUCGGCUUGUUUGCCGGAGAUGUUAUCUAUUAUGUUUGCUGAAUGCUUUCUUAAAGACUUAUGUAAUCUUAAGUAAUUACUCAUGAUGCUAUGGAGUAGUAUGAUGUUGUGUGACAUGUUUGGAGUACUA